ACAACGACCACAGCACCAACUACAACAACGACAGCACCGACUACAACAACACGCACGACUACAACACACCAGGCACCAACUACGACAACCACAGCACCUACUUCAACAACGACCACACCACCAACUACAACAACAACAGCACCAACUACAACAACGACAGCACCUACUACAACAACGACCACACCACCAACUACACCAACCACAGCACAAACUACAACAACCACAGUACCAACAACAACAACGACCACAGCACCAAGUACAACAACGUCCACAGCACCAACCACAACAACCACCGCACCAACUACAACAUCCACGGCACCAACAACAACGACCACGGCCCCAACUACAACAACUACAUCACCAACUACAACAACCACAGCACCAACUACAACAACCACGGCACCGACUACAACAAUCACAGCACCAACUACAACAACCACGGCACCAACUACAACAACGACCACAGCACCAACUACAACAACGACCACAGCACCAACUACAACAACCACUGCACCAACAACAACAGCACCAACCACAACAACCACAGCACCAACAACAACAACGAGCACAGCUCCAACUACAACAACCACGGCACCAACCACAACAACAACAACAGCACCAACUACAACAACCGUAGAACCAACAACAACGACCACAGCACCAAGUACAACAACCACGGCACCAACAACAACAACCACAGCACCAACUACAACAACCACAGCACCAAUUACAAUGACUACUGCACCAGUUAUAACCACACCACCAACUACAAUCACAACCAAUGCACAAACAACAACUACUAUGAAUGUUGCCCUUGCAACGAGAGUUUUGACUUUCAGAUCAGUUGGUGAGACAUUUACAGAGGAUUUGGCUGAUUCAUCAUCACAAGGUUUUAGAAAUCGUGCAUCUUUGAUAAAGCAACAGCUUGAACCCUUUUUCCGAAAUCAGUUUUCUUCUUCUUUCAACUCCUUGGAUGUUGUGUCUUUCAGGAAUGGAUCAAUCAUCAAUAUCAUGGACGUAAGAUUUGCACAAGCAUCUGUUCCUAACAACACUGGCAUUCAGAAUGUUUUGAUCAAUGCAUCUCAGACCGUUACCAGCUUUAACAUUGAAAGCAGCUCCAUCACCGUUGCCGACACAUGUAAGUAUUGUUUAGAGUUGAAUCAAGAUGUUAAAACACUCUCACCUUUUUCUUAACCUAAUGCCUGUUUCCCCAGCUACAACAACAACCACUACACCAACUACAAUAACCACCACCCCACUAAGCACAACCACCCCCCCUACAAUAACAACAACCACAGUACCAACCACAACCACCCCAACAACCACUCCACCAACCACAA